GCAUGUCCCCCUUUCAUCUUCUCUGUUACCCCUACAGCUACUUUACUUCUCUCUCUACUCUCUACGUUUCUCUCUCCUCUCUCUUUCUCUCUCAAGAAGGUAAGCUCGGAUCGGAGAGCGAGGAGGGUGGGAAUGGUGGAGACGCGACGGAGCUCGUCUUCCUCGAAGAGGCCGUCUACGUCGAGCUCUAGCGGGACCGCCAAGCGCUCUAAGGCGGAGAUUACGGCGGCGGAAGAGAACGAGAAGGGGGCGGAGGAGGAGCUACAUGAUGACCUGAGCCGCGUGGAUCCCGCUGCCGGGGAGACGGCCGCGGGGACGGAGAAGGAGAGUACUGUGCCGUUGGUGCAGGAUGAUGUCCAUCCACAAGGGAGAGAAGCUCCUGCAGAACAGCUGAUGAAGUUUUUGAAUUUACCUAAGAGGCAAGUGGAAAAAGCGCAGAAGCGGUCAAAGGUUCCAUGGGGCAAACUCCUCUCCCAGUGUUAUAAGAACCCGCAUCUUCCCAUAUAUGAUUCCAACUUCACUGUUGGGCAAAGCCGGCACUGCAAUUUGAGGUUGAAGGAUCCUUCCAUAAGUACAGUUCUUUGUAAAUUGAAGCACGAGGAGCAAGAUGGUGCAUCCGUUGUAUCACUUGAGAUGUUGGGGGACAAAGGAUUAGUCCAGGUAAAUGGAAAGAUUAUUGCACAAAAUUCCAGUGUCGUGCUCAGCGGCGGGGAUGAGUUGGUUUUUAGCUCUUCUGGGAAGCAUGCUUAUAUCUUCCAACAACUUCCUCAUGUAAGCCGUCCAGCUCAUCCUACCUCAUGCAGUAUUGAAGAAGCUCAAGGUGAAUCAUUGAAAGGGAUUCCUUUGGACAUGAGACUUGGAGAUUCAUCUGCUGUUGAUGGAGCAUCAAUACUUGCCUCCUUCCCAAAUCUUACCAAAGAUUUAGCAGCGCUUAGAUGCCCGCAACCAAAUGGGCCAACUGUGUUAUCUUCUUCUGAGUUGGAUGUAGCUGGUGAUACCUACAGAAAACAGGAGGAUAGAUGCGAGAAUAUUUUCAAAGAAACCGAUUCUAGGGCAGCUUUGCCAUCUAAUAGAUGUCAAGUUUUUAAGGAUGCUUUGAGAAGGGGCAUUCUAAAUGCCAGUGACAUUGAUGUGACGUUUGACUCUUUUCCCUACCAUUUAAGUGAGAGUACGAAGAAUGUACUUCUAUCUUGCGCAUAUGUUCAUCUGGAAUGCAGGCCUUUCACUAAGUAUGCUGCAGAAAUAUCAUCUUUGAGCCAGCGCAUACUUUUGUCUGGCCCAACAGGUUCUGAAAUCUAUCAAGAAACCUUAGCCAAGGCACUUACCAAGCACUUUGGUGCCAGACUACUUAUUGUUAACUCUCUCUUGUUACCUGGUGGACAAUCGAAGGAUUCAGAAUCUCCACCCAAGGAAGUGACUAAGAUAGACAAAUUGGCCAGUCUUCUUGCGAAACGAUCUGCAGUAGGUGAUAUCUCGCAGUUCAAGAGACCGACAUCAACAGUGGAUGCUGACAUUGUUGGUUCAUCUUCUUGUAAUUUGAAUUCUCUGCCGAAGCAAGAGUCUUCAACAGCGACAUCAAAACCAUACACAUUUAAAGAAGGUGAUCGAGUAAAAUAUGUUGGUCCCUCGAAUCCCAUGGGAUUUCCUCAUGCUCAAAGGGGUCCAAACUAUGGAUUCCGAGGAAAAGUACUUCUUGCAUUUGAAGAAAAUGGAUCUUCAAAAAUUGGAGUUAGAUUCGAUAAGCAAAUUCUUCAAGGGAAUGACCUUGGAGGUCUGUGUGAAGAAGAUCAUGGUUUCUUCUGUUCUGCUGAUUUACUUCGUUUGGACCCUAUCGGAGGUGAAGAGAAAGAAAAACUUGCUAUCAGUGAGUUGAUAGAGGUUGCAUCUGAAGAAAGUAAACAAGGCCCUCUAGUUAUAUUUAUCAAUGACAUAGAGAAAUCUUUGGGCUCCUAUGUGGAUUCGUCUUCUUCUUGUAAGGGUGAGCUGGAAUCAAUGCCUGCAGGCAUUCUUGUGAUUGGCUCACAUAUUCAAAUGGAUAAUCGUAAAGAGAAGUCACAUCCUGGGGGCCUCUUGUUUACAAAAUUUGGGAGUAACCAAACCGCACUUCUGGACUUUGCUUUUCCGGAUAGUUUUGGUAGACUACAUGAAAGGAGUAAAGAAAUUCCGAAGACGAUGAAGCAACUUAUGAAAAUUUUUCCAAAUAAAGUUACCAUCCAGCCGCCACAGGAUGAAGCUCAACUUUUGGACUGGAAGAACCAACUUGACCAUGAUACUGAAGCUCUAAGGGCAAAGUCAAACAUUUCCAGCAUUCAAUCUUUCAUAAGCCGCAUUGGAUUUGAAUGCAAUGAUCUUGAAGCACUAAGUAUAAAAGAUCAGACACUAACAAAUGAAAGUGUGGACAGAGUAAUUGGGUUUGCUUUAUGUCAUCAUCUUAAGAAUUUCAAAUCUGAAACAUCUGCUGAUGCUAGGCUUAGCCUUUCCUGUGAGAGUGUAAAAUAUGGACUACAAAUGCUACAAAGCUUUCAAAAUGACGUGAAGAGUUCAAAAAAAUCACUGAAGGAUGUUGUUACUGAGAAUGAAUUUGAGAAGCGGCUCCUCUCUGAUGUUAUAGCCCCUAGUGACAUAGGAGUUACAUUUGAUGACAUUGGUGCUUUAGACAAUGUGAAAGCCACAUUGAAAGAGUUGGUGAUGCUUCCAUUGCAGAGGCCAGAGCUAUUUUGCAAAGGACAAUUGACAAAGCCUUGCAAAGGAAUUCUACUUUUUGGCCCCCCUGGCACUGGCAAAACGAUGCUCGCUAAAGCUGUUGCAACUGAGGCAGGUGCAAACUUCAUCAACAUAUCAAUGUCAAGCAUCGCUUCAAAAUGGUUUGGAGAAGGAGAAAAAUAUGUCAAAGCUGUUUUUUCAUUAGCAAGCAAAAUUGCCCCAAGCGUUGUUUUUGUAGAUGAGGUUGAUAGUAUGUUGGGCAGGCGAGAAAAUCCAGGGGAACAUGAAGCCAUGCGUAAGAUGAAAAAUGAGUUCAUGGUCAACUGGGAUGGACUUCGAACAAAAGAUAAGGAGCGUGUGCUAGUCCUCGCAGCAACUAAUAGACCUUUUGAUCUUGACGAAGCUGUAAUAAGGAGGCUUCCACGGAGGUUGAUGGUGAAUUUGCCAGAUGCCGCAAAUAGGGAAAAAAUUCUUAGGGUCAUAUUAGCAAAAGAAUCUUUGGCAGCAGAUGUUGAUUUGGAGGCUCUUGCAAAUAUGACUGAUGGGUAUUCAGGAAGUGAUCUGAAGAACCUGUGUGUUACUGCUGCACACUGUCCAAUUAGAGAGAUCCUGGAAAAAGAAAAAAAGGAACAAAUUCUUGCUAUAGCGGAGAGUAGACCAUUGCCGCCGUUGUAUUCUAGUCAGGACAUACGUCCUUUGAACAUGGAUGAUUUAAGAUAUGCUCAUGAGCAGGUUUGUGCCAGCGUCUCAUAUGAAUCUACCAAUAUGAACGAGCUUGUUCAAUGGAAUGAACUUUAUGGGGAAGGUGGAUCAAGGAGGAAGAGCUCUCUAAGUUAUUUCAUGUAGCAUCAUCAUUUUGUAUAUAGAAUUUCUUUUCUUUUUUUCUUUUUUCUUCCUUUUUUUAUCCUUUCGGGUCAGAGAGUUCCCUGAUUAAUUUAUAUAGGUAAUAGCACUCAUUUUCAGUUUAUUUAUUGUAAAUCUUAUGCUUGGAAGAUCAUCAAGCAAUUGUUCUAUUCAGUGUUUAACAUGCUAUAUUUG